AUGGCCAGGACGACCCAGCAUCGCCCCACUAGUCGAGAUGAUUUCGAGAUCGCCAUUGUAUGUGCGUUGACGCUGGAAUUCGAUGCCGUUUGCGCUCUUUUUGACGAGAUUUGGGACGAGGACUACGGGAGGACCUGGGGAGAUGCGAACAUUUACACCAAUGGGCGCAUUGGAAAGUUUAAUGUCGUCCUCCUCAAGCUUUCCGACAUGGGGAAAGUCAGCGCGGCUAUUGCAUCUGCUCACCUUCGCUCAAGCUAUUCAAGUCUUUCCCUAGUCCUUCUUACCGGGAUAUGCGGAGGUGUUCCUUUCCCAGGUGCCGGCAAGGAGAUUCUCCUAGGGGAUGUGGUUGUUAGUAGGCAUAUCGUGCAGUAUGAUCUUGGCCGACAGUAUCCUGAGGGCUUUGAGACGAAGGAUACAGUAGAAGACAGGUUUGGCCGAGCACCGCCAAAUAUUCGGCAUCUUCUUUCGAUGUUGGAAACAAUCCGCGCGCGGGAGAGGGCUGAGGAGCUCACCGCAGGCUACCUGUUAAAACUCCAACAGAUGACCGCUCGUAAGCCCGGGGGCAUAAGAUACGACUACCCCGGGGCCUCGCAGGAUAUAGUCUUCGACUCCAGCUACCGACACAAGCGGCGAUUUUUUAAGAGCCUGUCGUGUAAGGAGGUAGGAUGCGACUUUAAAAAUGUCAAAUCACGAGAACGCAUCCAGACAAAGCAAGAAUUAGAAAAGCGAGGCGAGACGGAAAAAGCUCAAGCUCCGUCUUUAUUCGUCGGCACGAUCGGAUCGGCGGACACGGUCAUGAAGUCGGCGGAGAAGCGAGACAGGAUUGCCAGAGCCCAUAGUAUCAUUGCCUUCGAGAUGGAGGGCGCCGGACUGUGGGAGACGCCCUGUGUCGUCGUUAAAGCUGUUUGCGAUUAUGCAGACAGCCAUAAAAACAAGGAAUGGCAGAAUUUUGCCGCUGCAACUGCAGCAUCUGCUACGAAGGCGCUGUUGGACUUUUAUCCUCAACGAGACGCGUUGAGAAGAUCUGCUCCAAUUUAA